UGUUCAGGCCAGUCUACAGUCUUCACAUCAGCGAAAAGUGCAAAGGUUCUUCCUUUUGGAGAUGAGUUCAACAGGAUCAACCAAGGGGGGCAGAGGCAAGCCCAAGUCUUCAAAAUCCGUCUCCAGAUCUCACAAGGCCGGUCUCCAGUUUCCUGUCGGCCGUAUUGCUCGUUUUCUUAAAGCCGGAAAAUAUGCCGAUCGCGUAGGUGCCGGUGCUCCCGUCUACUUAUCUGCCGUGCUUGAAUACCUUGCCGCAGAGGUUCUUGAGCUUGCUGGCAAUGCUGCAAGGGAUAACAAGAAAAAUCGUAUUGUACCAAGGCACAUUCAACUUGCUGUGCGGAAUGAUGAAGAAUUGAGCAAGCUUUUGGGCACUGUCACCAUUGCAAACGGAGGUGUUUUACCAAACAUUCAUCAGACUUUGUUACCCAAAAAGAUGGGGAAAGGGAGAGACGAUAUUGGUGCUUCACAAGAGUUUUGAAGUGUUAAUGCUCUUGAAUUCUAAAAUAGUAAAUUCUAAGUUUGGUUCCUGUAAACCCUGAUUUUGGGUUUUUUUUUUUCUGGCCUCAACGUUGCUGAGACAAUAAUUUUGUUAUUUCGACUCUCUUUCUUGCUAUUUAUAAUAUCAGUGGAAUGAAAAGCUCACAAAUUCUUUUC